AUGUGCGAUGUUGGGAAUAUUUGCGUUGUUGAUUUGAGUAAUGGGCGGUACGGCUGCUGUACUGAUCUGAGCUGUACGGCGUAUGCUGAAAGCGGCAGCACGAUCGCUUUGACGCGUUCGACGCCGGUUACGACUAGAGCUCCGCAAGCCACCACGCCCGUCCAGGGUUCGGGCUAUGUUUACUACUACUGGACCUUCACCUGGUCGUACUACUCCUAUUAUUACACCUAUAUAUACCAGGUAACGACGCUGGCCACGACAUACGUGACCACGACAACCAUCAUAUCGGCCUACGAGUCCGACAGCGCAGCUGGCACUUCUGAGCUCAACCGCAUCUCUUCCAAGUACUUCAGCACGGGAUUCCCCACGCCGACCAAGGCAACUACCGCGCUGGCUCCCACUAACAAGAACACGCCCUCGGAGACAGGGUCUAGCGGAAACGGCGGAAACAACGGCGGUAGCCUCCCUGGCGUUGGCAUUGUUGGUGGUGGCGGUGUUGGUGGUGGCGGUUCUGUUGGGGGAGCGGGGAUGGUGAAGAGCAGUUUGCCGGCACUGACCUUGUGGGCGUUUGCGAUGGGGGCGGUGGCUGUUGGGACUGGGAUGCCGUUGCUGUGA